AUGCUACAUGCUUCCAAAUUGAUGAAGAUUCCAGGAGUUUUCGACAAGAACAAUGGAGGUGGCUUUAUGGACGAAAUUUACCCCACUGCAGCCAAAGCAAUCUGGGACUUUGAAGGAAUUUAUUGCACCUCGAGGCAUAUUCCACAUGUCAAAUUUCCCGGUCUCAUCCAUCCAGGUAUUCUGGGCUGUGCUCCAUCAGCAGAAGUGCUUGCCACAUGGAACAAGCGUGAAGGCGAUCUGAUUGCAGCAAAUAAGUUGGAUAGGAUUGUCGCGCAGGGUGCGAGGACUAUUCCCGGCCGGCCCGAGCACGGCGGCAACUGUGACAUCAAGAAUUUGAGUAGAGGUAGCAAAAUCUAUCUCCCGGUCCACGUUUCGGGCGCCAAAUUCAGUGUCGGUGAUCUUCAUUUCAGUCAAGGAGAUGGAGAGAUUUCCUUCUGUGGGGCUAUUGAGAUGGCAGGGGUGAUUACUAUAAACUUCAAGGUCAUGAAGAAUGGCAUUGCAGAUCUGGGAAUGAAGUCCCCACUCUAUCUUCCCGGGCCGGUCGAGCCACAUUACGGACCUGGGCGCUACUUGACGUUUGAAGGCUUUUCCGUCGACCAGCAUGGUAAACAACACUAUAUGGAUGUCACGGUUGCUUAUAGACAGACGAUACUUCGUUGUAUCGAAUAUCUACGCCGAUUUGGGUACUCUGACUAUCAAGUCUACCUUCUCCUAUCAUGUGCUCCAGUUCAAGGACAUAUUGCUGGGAUAGUUGACAUUCCGAACUGUGCUUUCGAGACCGGUGUCACCGAAGGCAAAGUUACAAACGGAGGUGCCAACAGCGAGAUCUCUUGGGAAGUCUCGAGACGUUUUCCCAAUUCCCAUACACUUCUUAAUUGGGCAUCGCUGACUCUGGACAUGGUAGGUGGAGGGUUGACUUUCAGAGAGAAGUAG